AUCACACGACUCUCUUGGUUCAGGAAGCGAGAAUGUCUGAAGUUGUCAAUUGGCGCAACUGUGGAAAUAUACAGUUUCGAACAGAGAUUCGUUACGAUCCAUCCCAACCUCUAGACUGUAAUUACAGUCUGCACCCACAGUAUGUUGUUCACGUUAGGGAUUACAUUGGACUCUAUUUAGUAGAGUCUUUUGACGAGAAGAAAGCUUCCAAAAAUUACAUAACUUUUCAAUGGGCAGAUGCGACGACAAGUGAACAAGAUUACCGUACAAUAACGUUCUCUGCCCGUCACCUUCCUCAAGCUUCUCCGUCACCACUCUGUUUUGCCUACAUAUCCUGGUGUGAUGGUGUACUGGGGAAAAGUGGCAGUUUCCAGAUAUGUCAUAGUUGUGGAGACCCCGUAUCAAUUGUUACCUUUACAACAGAGCAAUCUUUUCUUGUUAUUGACAAAAACGAGAGUGACGAGUCAUCUUCACGCAAAUCUGUCAACUACGAAUCUGUAGCUAGGAGUUCAAAAGACGAGCAUGUUGUAAGCUCGUUUGAUAUCCAAAGUAAGGAUAGUGACAUAGAUCCGUCACAGCAGGUGAGAAAAGCUGUUGAUCACGUGGAGGAGCACAACGUGUCUUCCACUAAUAGCCAAGUUGAAUGCAGUAUCAAUAAUGUUUUCAAUAACAUUGAAGAUAAAGAUGAAGAAUUUCAAGAGAAUGAAAUGCCAAUUGUGCAGAGUGAUGAUGCUGUUGAAGUAAAUGCUGAGACAGUAAGUCUAACAUUAGAUUCCAGCAGAAAAACUAAAGAAAAUAGUGAAGAUGAAAUCGAAGUAGAAACAAGGGAGUAUAAAGAAGAGAUUAAAGUUAGUGGGGAUGAAAGUAAAAAUCAGAGCACUGAUGAGAGUCAUGUGUCCCUCACAAGGUCAACUGACGAAAAGGUGCCUUUCAAAUUGCAGUUGGUGGAGAACAUAAUGUGCGAUGAAGCAAACAGACAACAUGACGUUUUAAAGCAACGCGUUAGUCAAUUAGAAGGCGAGAUGGGUGCAAACAUUGUGCAAAUGGCACUGGCGCAACAUUCAUCAGACCAUGCAAGUGACCAAGUCGGUAACCAAAAUCAAGUAACCACGAUAAUUCAAGAAAAUCUGCAGCUUCGCGGUAAAAUCGAGUCUCUGGAGACUCGAUUGCAUACUAACGAUAAAACGAUUUCUAUUGCAAAAGAAAAGCUGCGCGCAGCGAAGUCGAGAAUCCGGGAUCUCGAGCACGCUCUCAUUACAGAACGUCUCAGCUACGAAAACAAACUAAGAGAAUUGACAAACGCGAGAAAAUCUGGCCCAGCUGGUUCAAGUAUAGGACACACAAGGCCAGAAGACAACGAACAGACGGCAGAAGAGGAAUAUUGCACAGCAUUGCAAGGAGUUGCAGAGGACAGAAAGGAUGUGUUGGAUAGGCAAGUUACAGGCUCACAAAAACGCGUUCUGUCGGCGCUCGCUCGUCUUGGAAUUGAAGAUAAAGACGAUGGUAGAGAGGUGCGGCAAGAGAAGCCACAACAAGCAAGACAAAUUGCAAACAACUCGACUGCAAGUAACGAAGUUGUCUGCCCAGUUUGCGGUAUUUCUUCCUCGUCAUUCUUCAAUCAGUCAACGUUUGCUUCACAUGUCAAUGAUCAUUUUCCAGAUUAGACUAGAUAGUUUGAACAUGAGUUAUGAAACUCAUUUAUGAAUGUUUUGGGCCAUUUUGUUUUGUCUCUUUUAGUUUAGCUGUUGCAGAUUAAUCUUUCAGCAUAACUAAUUGUUUGUGUGAUAGGACAGUACAAUUAUAUAUACUUUGUGUAAUAGUAGGUUAUCACUAUCACGAGUGUUUCAUUGUUCGU